AUGGAAAAGUUCCACAGCACUGUACUGUUACCCUGGCCAUAUGACCAUGAGGUGACAGCCGCAGUUUGGGAAAUUGGGUCACUAUAUGUCGGUACAUCGUCUGGAUACAUAUACAGAUUUAACUCGUCAGAUUUGAAAAAAACUAUUCUGGAAAUUCCUAAGGAUACUCUUAAACUGUCUAGUAAACAGAUAAAUGUGAUGUAUUUGAUGAAUAAUUGCUUGUUGGUCUUCUGCGAUGGCACGAUAUACAAUGUCACCAAAAACUUAUCUGCUAAAUCAGAAACUGAAGUUAAAUCUGCUACAUCCGUAUGUGAAAAAUUGUCAUCGUCAGACACAAAUUCUCAUGGCGAUAAAUCCAGAUAUAUUGCAGUAGCUUCCAUACAGGCAAUUUCAAUAUACAAAUUUGACAUAUAUCUCGAAUUUGUCAAGGUGAUACCAGUUUCUUCCACACACAUCGUUUCUAUAACAUGGGUAAAUGAUGUUAUCGCAUAUGUUUCCAAAACGGGAUACUACAGCGUAAAUAUUAACACUUUUACUGAAAAUAUUAUUUCAGAUGUCCUGGACAAAGGACACUUAUUAGCACUAUCCCCUGCAAUGGAUGAUGAGAUCAUGAUUAUUUGUCAAAAUAACAUUGGAAUUUUUUACAACCUGAAGGCAGAUAGGAUAUCAAAUAGAAAUACCAUUUCUUGGAAGCCAGAACUUGUGCAAAUUGGAACAUAUCCCCCGUAUAUGAUCGGAGUAUCAUCCGAUGGAUCUGUUGAGAUUUAUGGCAUACGCACACAGAAACUUUAUCAAACGUUACAUGUGGGAAAUUUUAAGAAGUUGAUAAUUUUACAUGACCACGAAUUUGUGAUAUCCACUACAGAUACGGCAUUAUUCGGCUUUUACUCCGGCGACUAUUACACACAAUUAUUGAGUCUCUUCGGGUAUAAAAAAAUUAAGGAGGCUCUAGAACUCUUCAAUAUUUAUUCUCAAGAGGAUUGUAACUUCGAAGCUGAAACAAAACUAUUCCAUUUAUCCGCAGGUUUGGUUUACUUUAGCAACCUUGAAUUUGCCAGAGCCUUUCAACACUUCACCAUAGGACCGCCGGACCUAAACUAUUUACUAAAUUUCUGGUCUGACUAUAUACCUACUGUCGACUACCAACUUGAGAUCCCCUAUGGAUUGGAUUCACUGGCCAGCAAACCUAUUGCAAUCCAUGAAUUUAUUAAUUCGAAAAUUAAAGAAUCAGAAGCAAAAUUGGACGUUUCAGCGCUCAAAUCGUUGGCCAAUAGUUGUGUUGCGUCAUUUUUACUGGAGCAACGUAAACAAAUCAGACCGUUAGACCAAAUGACACGAAUUGACACGCUAUGUUUUAUGUUGCUGGCUGAAUCUGAUGAUGAAAGGUACAAAUUAUUUUGCUACCCUGAUAGGUUCCUUAACUAUGUAAACCAGGAUAUAUCGCAAGAAUUUCUCACAAAAAUUAACCGACUCGAUAUUGUGGCACAACUACUAUUUGGUACUGGGAAUUUUUUGCGUGCAUCAGAGAUUAUAUCAACAAUUGAAGUUGAUACUGUGAAUAUUGAAAUAUUUGCCAAAUGCAUAAUUGAAAUGGCGAAUUAUUUUGAAAGUUUGGAUAAAAUACAUUCGUUGCGAUCUGGACAAAAGGAACCCAUACAAUUACAACCCAUGCAGUUAGAAUUGAAAUCUAGAAUUGAAUAUUACCUAACCAUUCUGCUCAGAAAUGUUAAAUUGAGCCCAAAUGUAGUGUCCUCUGUGUUUCGCUACCAACGAAUAUUUGCAAUAUUCACCAUUGAUGAAAUUUUGACAAUUUUCAACCAAGCUAGAACAUACAAUCACUCACAGUAUAUUUGUGAAAUGAUAACCCAUUUCUUAGAGGCUUUCGUUGCUAGUGAUGUUACAAGCCCUGGGAAGGAGGCCAUUCUUGCAUCGCAUUAUUUGGAAAAUGCAAUAAACGGUCAGCGCAAAGAAAUAGACCGAUUGUUAUCGUUUAUUGAAAACAAUGUGACACAUCUAAGCGAAUGGCUGGAAAGGGUUCAUUCCAAUCAAAUUGUCGACUUUACAAAGAUUAAAUCUUGCACAAUAUUCCAAAGUGAGAUCAUAAGUGUAGCGUCAAAUGGAAUUAUUGCUAAUCACAAUCAGUCAUUCCGCGAUAUGAUCAAGAUGGACACCCGUUUCAUCACUUUACUUGGUUUCCCGUCGAAGGAAAUUAUGCUAGAAUCUUAUUCGCUGUGUUAUUACAAUGAGCCUAGUGGCAAAAAACCAUUCCUAACCAACCGACUACACUGGAUAGAGAUGUCAAUUUUGCCCGCGAAAUUUAUAGCCCACGAGGUGGGGCCGUCAUAUGAUAUUUUUCACUUGUUGCUCAAAGUGCUACUGAGUGAGGAUAUGAAUAACUUUGCCGAAAAGUUGCUGGACAAAUAUUCUAGGACGCAGGUGUUCGAUCCACUUGAGGUGCUAAAAAUACUACCUGAUGAUAUGGAACUUACAAAGGUUUCUAGAUAUUUUUUACAUGCCUACAAAGUUAUCACGGGACGUAUCAAUAUGUCAAAGAUUCAGUUGGGACUUGAGUUUGGUAGACAAAAAUCCUAA